AUCCAUUUUUGAUCAGCAUAUUGAUACCGGCAGACGUAACUCGUGACCGCUGCAGGAAAUGCGUUAUUGACGAGAAGUUCUUUCGCCUGGACUUUAGUACUAGUGCCUUCAUCCUUAUUUCCUGAGCUCCUUCCCUUCAAUGAACUCGUUAGAGGCAGGACGCGUGUUAAGCGUCCUCGAUGAGACAUUGGAGGGGCUGAGGCUUGUCUCAUAUAUAACGCAAGAUGUACUGGACACUGCGGAACAGCUUCGUGACAUGCUUGGAGAGGACCUUGCUAACACGCUCAUUAAACACCGCCAACUCCUUCAGACAGCAAAGUCGACGCUCAACAAUGAGCAACUCCAAGCGUCCACGCUGGAGCUUGUGCGUUUGCUGAAGAAAUCCCCCUCCGCGCAGCGGCUCCAGGUGUUGCCGUACGAACGGACACACGGCAUCCUGCAGACGCUGCAGUACUUCGAGCAGCUCCGUCAGUUUGCCCAGAAGCGGCUGACCACCACUGUGGAGGAGGACAGCAGCAACCGGGAGUACUUCGAGGAGGUUCGCGACCGGGAGGAGCGAGCGGUGGCCGAGCGGCUGCAGCUGGAGCAGAAGCUGCGGUUGCAGCGGGUGGAGCUGCAGAAGGCGGCGGGCAGCAUUCAGGUGUCGGAGGACCGCGCACGCGGCGAGGUGGCGGAGGUGCAGUCCACCACGGCGCACUCGCGGGGCAGCAUUGAGGCGGCGGCAAAGUCGCAGGCGGACGGGGACCGGGCGGCGUUCCAGUCCGAUCUAGCCCUAGCCACCCGCGAGCUGGCCGCCGCCCGCUCCGAGCUGGCCCGCCUGCGGACCGAGCACAAGGACAACGAGGCGCUGCUGCGGAAGGCGCGCAAGCGGGCGGAGCAGGAUGUGGAGGUUCAGAUCGGCGAGUACGAUGCGGAUGUGGGUGCCAAGGAGGAGGAGCUGGCGCGGGCGCGGGCGGAGUACGAGGGGGUGCUGGCGCAGCUGCAUGAUUAUAACCGCGGGUGGGGCGAGAUGUACCAGGAGCGGCUCGAGUACGAGGACCGGGAGCGGCGCCUGGCGGACCAGCGCUUCCAGGCCGCGCUGCUGUCCAUCAAGCGCAAUCACGCAGCCCGGGUCAUCCAGGCCGCCUGGCGCGCCUACAAGAAAGCCAAGGAAGCGGCACGCAAGAAGGCCAAGAAGGCGGAGAAGGCCAAGGCUGCCAAGAAGAAAUGACGGUGGGGAGGCUUGGAGGGCGGUGUCAGCCACAACCGCAGAAGUUUCGGGGGCCUCGAAGUGCGGCUGACCAGGGCCGCGGUGAGGAUGAGGCUGGAGGAGGAGGGGCCGCCGCCGCGGGUUUGGCGGUGACGGGGGAGGGAGCGGCGGCGGCGGUUAGGGUGCAGGGCGGUUGUGGGUGGGGAGUGAAGGGGGAGGGUGCUGGGCGGCGCCGGGAAUGGGGAAAACGAAAAGUGAAGCAACGGAAUCCAAUCGCCGGGAGUGAGGAAUGAUGGAAUGGGGAAGGAGACGAUGGUGAUGACGAUGCGUGCGUGCGCCCGGGGUCCUCUGCCGCCUUUGCUACCCGCCCUCCGAAGCCGAGAGAUUGCAGACAGGGGUCGUGUGUCGUGGGGCCAUGGCAUCCGUGUGUCUGUUCGUGUGUGGGGAGUCAUGCAAGGGAAUAUGGGCAGAUUAGGCCGCUGCUGUGGGGUUGUUAGGUAUGGUAGACAGCCAUAGCCAAAAAACGGGUUUACAGCCGCGUACCCGUGUGAGCGCUAAAGACAGGUGUGUCUGACGUUCAGGGGUGCAGUGGUUUGUUGGUUUCCCUAGCCACAAGGCGUUCCCCAGGUACAAAAGAGGGGGGGGGUAAGGCAGGUAACGUAGCAAGCGGGCUAGGUGAAUAGUCCCAAGCGCAUAGAUAGGUCGACAAACCCUAGCCAGAGACCUCCCCCCUAGGAUAGGACUGCUGCCGAAAUGCGGCGUAGUUGACAACGGACCGGGGGGCUUCGGCUGGUUGGAGGGAUAUCUCUUCGGCUGGUUUGUCGUACUGCCGUACAUGUGUUCCGGCCUAGACAGCUGGGGGUUACGGUUGUGCAUCGUCAACAGCGUGUCUGUGUCGAACCAUCACCGCCUGCGUGUUAGCUCGUGUGCAUGUGUGCAGCAUGGACGUCAUGCAAGCAUGACCCUCGGUGCAUCUGUCAGCAUGCGCCGCUACGACGCCUGGCGGCCCCUGCCCCGUGUCCUUCGACCAGACCGGCACCUCGC